AUGAUCAAUUCAGAAGCUUUUAUUAAAAAUUCUCCAUUCAAAAUAACUCAUAGUGAUGCUUCAGAUAAUUAUAAUUUAACAAAUUCAACACCUGAAUUAAUUAAAUUUCAAUUAAAAUUGAAUAAAUCAAAUUCAAAUCAAGAUUUAAAUAGCUCAAUUUUACAAGAUUCAUUUUCAAUGCAUUUAAAAAACAAUGUUGUACCUAGUUUAUCUAGUUCAACUUCAACAUUAUAUGAAGAAGAUGACGUGGAAAGUUUUGUAUAUUCAAAAUCAACAAGAAACAAUUAUUUAAAUUUGAAAAUAUUAAUUGAAAAUUCAGUAUUUGAUUCGAGUAAAUUGAAAGAUUCAAUUAUACUGUUAAAAGAAGUGCAUGAAAUAAAAAAUUUAAUUGAAGAGAAAAAGGAGUCGAAAGAAUAUUUAUUAAACAAGGUUUCAAUAACACAACAAUUCAUAAAUGAUAUUGUUAAUGAAGAAUUAGAUCAAAGUACUUUAACUGGAAUAUUAAAAACUCAACUGACUUUAAAUCAACAACUACAAAAAAUAACUCAAGAACUUGAAGAAUUAACUUUAAAAUUAUCCAAUCAUAAUCUUUCAUGUUUAGCUUUAGGUUAUAUAGAAGAUGUUAAAAUUAUGGAAGAUUCAGAUACACCACCAAGUUCAGUUGCUUCAUCACCAAGAAAAACUCAUGAUAUAUCAGAUUCAAUUUUUUCUCAUUUAGCUCAUAUAGCAGCUCAAAGAGAUAUAGUACUACCACAACCAACAGAUUCAAAAAUAAUAUGGUUACAGCAAUGUAUUGAUACAAUACUAAAUACGCCAAAAGCAACAAAAGAACCAAUUAAAAUAGAUAAAUCACUACAAGAAUAUAAAACAGCAUUAAAUGAUUUAAGAUUUUCAUACCAAUAUUUAUCAAAAGAAUAUGAAAUAUCGAGAGAUUCAUCAGCGAAAUUAAUACAAGAAUAUAGAAAAAAGAUAUCGCAAUUAGAAUCACCACCACCAUCAUCAUCAGACACAUUAGAAUCAAAAGAUCAAGAAAUAUCAAGGUUACGUAAAGAAUUAAGUUUAUUAAAAAUAGAUAAAAUCAAUUCACCAGAAGAAAGUGUGAAUAAUACAUUGAGAAAAGAAUUUAAGAAAAUAGUUACAGAUUUACAAGAUCAAUAUGAAUUAGAAUUAACUGAAGAAAGAAUGAAAUGUAGAAAAUUACAACAACAAUUAAAUAUAUAA